CUUCUAUAUAUCCCUCAGUCAACUCCGGCCUACUCAUCAAAUAUAAAAUAACAACCACUAGGAUUGGGAACUAGCUCAAAUAUUAUCAGUAUUUCCAAAGAUUGGGCUGAGAUAUAUGCUAACUAGCUAAUAGGUUAAUAUAUAUAUAUAUACCACACCUUAUAUUUUUUUUUUUUAUUUAGAAAAAAAUAUAUAUAUGUCUAAAACAUGUGACGACAUGCCAUUAUUCUAAUAAUACAUAUUAAGUAUAUACAUUUCCCACUCUAAAGAUAAAACAUUCCAAAAACUUAGAAGUAAAUAUAUUAUAUCGGAUAAGAAGAAGAAGAAGAAGAAGAAGAUGAUGAUGAUGAUGAUGAUGAUGAUGAUGAGGGCGUAUAAGUUGGGGAGAUGGUUUUGGGUUGUGGGGAUGCAUAUCAUGAUCAUAAUAAUAAUGUUAAAUGGGGGGUUGGUUGUUGUUGUAAACUGUGACGCUCAGACCAGACUGUUGAACAAAGGAUGCAGCCAGUUCAGCGUGACGGACCCCUCCAGCUUCAACUCCAAUCUCAACCUGAGCUUCUCCGACCUCCAAGCUCAGCUCAGGUCCAACAGGCGAUUCGCCACCACGAUUCGCAUCCCCGUCUAUGCGAUGGUCCAGUGCAGGAACUACAUGUCUACCAAUGACUGCCUCGCUUGCUAUCGGGUCGCCCAGGCCCAAAUCCGCAACUGCUCCGCCCCCACCGGUCCUGCAAACGGUGCCCGUGUCAUCUACGAAGGCUGCUUUCUCAGGUACGAAAGCAACCCAUUUUUUGACGAGACGACUCGUCCAGGGAAUACAGGGAUUUGCAAGAACCAGACUGUAUCAAAGGCUGGUGCAUUUAAUACAAGUGUUGGAGGAAUGUUAUUAGAUCUCCAAAUAGCAACACCCAAGAUUAAGGGGUUUUUUGCAGCAACACAGAAACAAGUAAUUGGUGAAUUAAAUACAACGGUUCAUGGAGUUGCACAGUGUGCGGAAACAAUUACCAAAACUGGUUGUGAAGAAUGCUUGAAAGUUGCAUUCCAGAACUUGCAGGGUUGCGUUCCUGAUUCAGGUGGUAGUGCAGUGGAUGCAGGGUGUUUCCUGAGGUACUCUGACACUGCUUUCUUUGCUGCCAAUCAGACUACUAUUCUCACUCCCUUCUUGAAAAAUGGAGGCUCGAGCAAGAAUGCUGCCAUAAUUGGAGGUGUGGCUGGGGGGACAGGUCUUUUCUUGCUGCUUCUUGGAUUCUUUUUCUGGUUCAGACGAUCAAGAAAGUCCAAGGCAGUUACAAGAGGUAACAUUUUGGAUGCAACUGAAUUGCAAGGCCCUCUCAAUUAUCAUUACAAAGAUUUAAAAUCUGCAACAAAAAAUUUCAGUGAAGAAAACAAACUUGGCGAAGGAGGCUUUGGUGAUGUUUACAAGGGUACUCUGAGAAAUGGGAAAAUAGUUGCAGUCAAAAAGCUCGCAAUAGCGCAGUCCCGCAGGGCCAAGGAAGAGUUCGAGAGUGAAGUCAAGCUCAUAAGUAAUGUUCAUCAUCGAAACCUCGUUCGUCUUCUUGGAUGUUGUAGCAAAGGACCAGAACUGCUUCUGGUGUAUGAGUUCAUGCCAAACAGCAGCUUAGACAAAUUCUUAUUUGGUGAAAAAAGAGGGACGCUCAAUUGGAAACAGAGAUAUGAUAUUAUAAUGGGUACAGCAAGGGGUCUGGCUUAUCUGCAUGAGGAAUUCCAUGUGUGUAUCAUACAUAGAGAUAUCAAAACCAGCAACAUUCUUUUAGAUGGGGAUUUCUAUCCCAGAAUUGCAGAUUUUGGGUUGGCAAGGCUUCUUCCAGAGGAUCGAUCACAUCUCAGUACCAGAUUUGCAGGAACAUUGGGAUACACAGCACCUGAAUAUGCAAUCCACGGCCAGUUAUCGGAGAAGGCUGAUACCUAUAGCUAUGGUGUUGUAGUGCUUGAAAUUAUAAGUGGCCAAAAGAGCAAUGAAAUUAAACCUGAUUCAGCUGGUGAAUACCUCCUUGAAAGGGCGUGGAAGCUUUAUGAGAAUGAGAAACACCUGGACUUGGUAGAUGAAACUCUAGACCGAAAAGAUCCGCACUAUGAAGAAGAAAAUGUGAAAAAAGUGAUAGAGAUAGCUCUUAUGUGCACACAAUCAUCUCCAAUUCAGAGGCCAACAAUGUCAGAAGUAGUUGCUCUGCUGAAGAGCAAGGGGUCGUUUGAGCAGAGGACGCUUAGUAGGCCUGUUUUCAUUGACGUCAAUCAGAGGACACGAGCCGGCAGCGGUGCGGACACUUCAACCUCCACCGCUUCCUCCAAUUCUAAUGCCACUGUUUCCAUCUCUCACUAUUCAGGUCGAUAGCAUGCACUAAUACAAUAUAUUACGAUACAAAAAAUAUUGAUUAUAUAUUUGUAUGUAUGAUCAUAUAUAUAUACACACAAUAUUAAUUUGCAAGUUUGUUCCUCCUUAUUGAAUGCAAGAAGCUUUGUAUCAAAUGGUAUAUAUAUAUAUAUA